ACUAGAAGUAGAAAAAAUUUAAUAUGAUCACAGAUGGCGCUACCAAAAAUUUCUAAUGUUACCGAGAAAAGUUUCCUAUAUUUGUCGGAGGUAUUGAAAUUUCAGGCACACAGGCAACAAGUUUUACGUAACAGACUCCACGGAACUGUGUGAGGUGAACUUAUUUUAAAGCGCAGAACUCCAAUUAGAACCGUCGAAACAAGAUUUCUACUCUACCAACACGUGUCGGAAGUUGGACUGUUUAGCGCAGCUUUCCCUAAAAGCGGCCCCCUAUUGAUGACUAGUAAAUGUUAGGGGGCGAAAAAAAAAGGAAUUAGGUGACAGGGGGCACUGGAAGCAGAGUAUUGGACGAUGACGUAUAGAAAGGUGCGUAUUAAGAACCAUGGUAUUAACCAUACAACACGUGAUUUUAUAGCUGCAAAGUAUCACAUGUGCUGGUGACGUGUCAUCACUGAAGUCUCUUCCGUUAACCUUGAGGGUGCACCUUUUGUUUACCGCUACAACGGGAACAGUAAUUGUUGACUCACGAGAAUAUCGUAAAUCGAGAAAAUGAAGAUAAAACAAGAGUUAGAAACAAAACAUUCGGACUGUACAACUGAACGAAUCGAAAAGAAAUUUGAAGUUGAUUUAAAGAAUUUCAAGAAAGAAUUUUAUACGGAUGUGAAGUGUUAUAAAACAAUUAAAUCAGAACCUUUAGAGAUAAAUAUUAAAGGAAAGUCAAUUUUCACACACAAUAUAAACGGAUCCACUAUUUGGAGUCAUUCUGGUUAUAAAGUCGAAAGAGAUAUUAAGAAAGAAGAAGUAGAAGAGAAUUAUGAUGUAAAACAUGGUAUAAAAUCAGAAUGUAAAGUUGAUUUGAAAAAAUUGAAGAUUAAAGUAAAGACUGAAGAUUGUAAAGAAGUUGUUCAGUUUCCAGAUGAUAAUGAACAAGUAAUGCCUGUCAACAAUGAAUUAUUCACUCUGGAAGAAAACUUUAACAGGAGUGAAAUGAGCAUCCAAAUUAAGGAGGAAGAGCAAAUUGAGGAACACGAUAUUCAGCAAUAUUCAGAAAAACAAAAACAUUUCAUAUAUAAUAUCAAAACAAGGAAAUACGUUUUUUCUAGUAGAAAAUUCAAUAAAAUUCAUGAAAAGAUUAAAAGAAAAUACUUUAAAAUUAUGUUUGCAUCUCAUUCUAAAAAAGAAUUUACGUGUGAUUUAUGUAAACAGACUUUUAAAAAUAACAGAAUAUUACAAACUCAUCUGUUCUGUCAUAUUAGAAAAAAACCAUUUGGCUGCACAACCUGCAACAAGAAGUUUUUGUGGCAAUUUCUUUUGCAAAAACACGUGAAAGAACACAAAACUGAAAAUGAAAACGAAAUCUCUCUUAGGAAUUUACGUUUGCAGCCAUCUGGGAAUCGAGUGAAUUCAUAUCCAAGAAAUGAUAAAGUUCAUGCCUGCAAGAUAUGUGGAAAAGAAUUUAAGUGGAAGCAUUCGUUGUUACGUCAUCAAGCAACGCAUAGUGAAGACCGUCCUUUCAAAUGUAAUAUUUGCAGUAAGGGUUUUAAAUCGACAGACAAUUUAAAAACACAUUACAAAACUUGUACUGAUGACUGUAACUAUUGUUGUGAAGUGUGUAACAAACGUUUUAAAACAAAAAAUAAUUUAACAAAUCAUAAAAUAAUUCAUAAUGGUAAAUUUAACCAUAUUUGUAAUAUAUGUAACAAAAGUUUUAAACACAGUUCUAGUUUAAAACGGCAUAUUAAUAUACACAACGAUGAAUACAAACAUUUUUGUGACAUGUGUAAGAAAUACUUUAAGACAAAACACUAUUUGCGACUGCAUAAACUUAGUUAUUGUGAAAAAUCUAAUAUCCAGCGGGAAAAUGUGUAUUGCGACAUUUGUGGUAAGCGCGUUCCAUAUGGUAAGGGCCGUUUAGAAAUCCACAAGAGAACACACAAAGUAUAUGCCUGCAAGAUAUGUGGUAAAGAAUUUACGAGGAACUGUAUAUUGUUGCAACAUGAACAAACACAUAGUGAAGACCGUCCUUUCAAAUGCGAUAUUUGCAAUAAGAGUUUCAAACGGAAAGAAAGUUUAAAAAUGCAUUAUGUAAUUCACAGUGAUGAACGUAACUAUGUUUGUCAGGUAUGUAACAAACGUUUUAAAACAAAAUUAUAUUUAAAACGUCAUAAAGUAGUUCAUAAUAAUCAAUUUAACCAUACUUGUCACAUAUGUAACAAAAGUUUUAAAAGCAGUAUUCAUUUAAAUCUUCAUAUUCGUAUACACAGCAACGAAUACAAAUAUUCUUGUGAUAUAUGUAACAAAUAUUUUAAAACAAAACAGUGUUUGAAAAUUCAUAAAGUAGUUCAUAAUAAUUUAUUUAACUAUACUUGUAAGGUAUGUAAUAAAAGUUUUAAACGCAGUGAUACUUUAAAACGGCAUAUUCGUAAAUUGAAGUAUAAAUGUAAAUAUUCUUGUCAUAUGUGUAACAAAUAUUUCAAGACAAAACAUUUAUUAGAACAGCAUAAAAAUUUUCAUAGCGAUAAAAGAAAGUAUGUUUGUGACAUAUGUAAAAAAGAUUAUAACAAUACAACUGCGUUAGCCAAACAUCGUCUUACUGAACAUGAAAAUAUGUAUUUAUGCUAUAUUUGUAAGAAGCCAUUCAAGACAAAAUUUCUGCUAAAAGAACAUUCGAAAAUUCACAUUGAAAAGUGUAAUAUUUGUAAUAAGGAAUUUAAAUGUAAAACCAUUUUAAUUAAUCACCAGAAAAUUCAUAAAAUGAAAAUAAAAGAAAAGUUAGAAACGAAAUAUUCGGACUUUACAAUUAAACGAAAAGAAGAAAAAUUUAAAGUUGAUAUUAAAAAUUUCAAGAGAGAAUUUAAUACAGAUGAGAAGUGUUAUAAAACAAUUAAAUCGGAACCUUUAGAGAUAAAUAUUAAAGGAAAAUUAAUUUCCACAAACAACACAAACGGAUCCACUAUUUGGAGUCCUUUUGGAUAUAAAAGCGAAAGAAAUAUCAAGAAUGAAAUAAAAGAGAAUUAUGAUGUAAAACAUGAUAUAAAAUCAGAAUGUAAAGUUGAUUUAAAAAAACUGAAGAUUGAAGUAAAGACUGAAGAUUAUAAAGAAGUUGUUCAUCAUUCAGAUGAUAAUGAACAGGUAAUGCCUGUCAAGAAUGAAUUGUUCACUCUAGACGAAAACUUUAACAGGAGUGAAAUGAACAUCCAAAUUGAGGAGAAAGAGCAAAUUCGAGAAUACGAUAUUCAGCACAAUUCAGAAAAAGAAAAACAUUUAAAAUAUUAUAUCAAAAUAAAGAAAUACGUUCCUUCGAGUAGAAAAUACAAUAAAAUUUAUGAAAAGAUUAAAAGGAAAUAUUUCAAAAUUAUGUUUUCAUUGCAUUCUAAGCAAGAAUUUACGUGUGAUUUAUGUAAACAGACUUUUAAAAAUAAAAGCAUAUUACAAACACAUCUAUUCUGUCACAUUAGAAAAAAACCAUUUCGCUGCACAACCUGCAAUAAAAAGUUUUUGUGGCAAUAUCUUUUGCGAAGACACGUGAAAGAACACAAAACUGGAAAUCAAAAAGAAAUUUCGGAUAAAAACUUACGUUUGCAGCUAGCUAACGAUCGAAAGAAGCCAUCUGCAACAAAUGAUAAAAAAUCUAAUAUCAAGCGGAAAAACGUGUAUUGCGACAUUUGUGGUAAGCGCGUUCGAUAUGGUAAGGGCCGUUUAGAAAUACACAAGAGAAUACACAAAGUUCAUGCCUGCGAGAUAUGUGGAAGAGAAUUUAAGUGGAAAUGUAUGUUGUUAAAUCAUGGUGCACGGCAUAGUAAAGAGCGACCUUUUAAAUGCCAUAUUUGUAAUAAGGGUUUUAAAUGGAGAGACGUAUUAAGAGUACAUCUAACAACUCAUAGCGAACAACGUUCUUUCAAAUGUGGUAUUUGUAAUAAAGGUUUUAAAUGUAAAGAGCAUCUACGAAGACAUCAAGAGACUCAUAAUGAUGAACGUAACUAUUGUUGUCAGGUAUGUAACAAAAAUUUCAAAACAAAACAGUAUUUGAAAUUUCAUAAAAUAGUUCAUAGUGACGAACUUAACUAUACUUGUCACAUAUGUAACAAAAGUUUUAAACGCAAUGCUAGUUUAAAACAGCAUAUUAAUAUACACAGCGAUGAAUACAAAUAUUCCUGUGAUAUAUGUAAAAAAUAUUUCAAAACGGCAUAUAAUUUGCGACAGCAUAAACGUAUUCAUAGUAAAAAAUCUAAUAUCCAGCGGAAAAACGUGUAUUGCGACAUUUGUGGUAAGCGUGUUCGAUAUGGUGAAAGCCAUUUAGAAAGACACAAGAGAACACACAAAGAUUAUGCCUGCGAGAUAUGCGGAAGAGAAUUUAAGAGGAAGGAUAUAUUGUUGCAACAUGAACAAACACAUAGUGAAGACUGUCCGUUUAAAUGCGAUAUUUGUAAUAAGGGUUUUAAAUGGAAAGAUUCAUUAAAAGUACAUAAAAAAACUCAUAGUGAAGAACGUCCUUUCAAAUGCGAUAUUUGUAAUAAGGGUUUUAAAUGGAAAGAUUCAUUAAGAGUACAUAAAAAAAGUCAUAGUGAAGAACGUCCUUUCAAAUGCGAUAUUUGUAAUAAGGGUUUUAAAAGAAGACAGCAUUUGGCAUAUCAUAAAGUAGUUCAUAAUGAUAAAUUCAACUAUACUUGUAAUAUAUGUAACAAAAGUUUUAAACGAAGUAGUGAUUUAAAACAGCAUAUUAAUAUACACACCGAUGAAUACAAAUAUUCUUGUAAUAUAUGUAACAAAGAUUUUAAAACAAAAAACACUUUGAGAAGACAUGAAAUAGUUCACAGUGAUAGAAAAAAGUAUAUUUGUGACAUAUGUAAAAAAGGUUAUAACGAUAGAACUGCUUUUAACAAACAUUGUCUUACUAAACACUAAAAUAUCUAUGUAUGCAAUAUGUAU